AUGCACGGAAAUAAGGGAAACGGAAGAAAUAACGUCGCUUUCAGACAGUUAUUUAAAUCUAGAAGAGCAGACACCUUUUUCUUCCUCUUCUCCAACAAAAAAGUUGCAGCUGAAGCUACACUGUCAGCUGCUCAACAGUUGUUCCAACUGCAACAACAAGAGUUUCGUAGUUCCCAGCCUCCUCUCAGUGCUAGUGGUUCUUGGAGCUUUCGAACUUCCAAUGCUUUGAAGAGACAUUCAAGGAAACUAUUCAUGAGCAUUACGAGUGGAAAUUUGAACAAGACAAGUAUAUUGGAAUAUUUCAUUAUAGCUGGAGCGGGGUAG